GGUCCAAUCCCUCCAACUAUUGGGAAUCUUAGCAACCUUUUUGUCCUAAACCUUUCUUCAAAUAAACUCAAAGGAAAAAUACCACCGGAGAUUGGAGAUCUCACCAGGUUGACUGAUCUUGUUCUGUAUGCCAAUCAGCUCCAUGGGAAGUUUCCUGAUGCCUUGUUUCACCUUAGGAACCUAUCUAAAUUCUUUGUCUUCUCUAACAAACUUACCGGUGAAAUUCCAGCUGAACUUGGGAAGUUGCAGAACUUACUGGUUGUAAAUCUUGCCUCAAAUGAAUUAAGUGGGACAAUUCCUGAUGAACUGGGGCAUUUGAGAUUCCUUCAAAAACUUGACCUGAGCAAUAAUCACUUUGUAGGGUAUAUUCCACAAAGCAUAGGAAAUUUUCUAGGUCUCCAGUAUCUUGACUUAUCAGCAAACAAUCUGUCAGGCAAAAUCCCUGGAGUUCUUGGAAAUUGCAAUCAAUUAUUGAGCUUGAACUUGAGUCACAAUGCCUUAUCAGGCAAGGUACCCUCACAACUCAGGAAUUUGCAAGGGAUUCAGUUACUGUUAGACCUCAGUAGCAAUUCCCUCUUCGGAUCAAUUCCGCAUCUUGAUAACCUUGAAUCCUUGCUAAUCUUGAACCUAUCCCACAAUCAUUUCACAGGCAUUAUCCCACAAUCACUAUCUAAGAUGAUUAGCCUACAGUUCUUUGAUCUUUCCUACAACAAUAUUUCGGGUUCAGUCCCGGAGGAUACAUUUUUUCUACAACGUGGGUUGUUCAUAGGAAAUCGUUAUCUUUGUGGAAACCCAUUUGGAUUAUCCCCUUGCAGCUAUAACAACUCUUACACAAAGCAUGAUUCCAAUUAUAACUCUCACAGAAAGCGCAAAAAAGUGGUUAUUGUAGUUGUACCACUACCCAUCAGUUCUGUUUUGCUUCUUUCAGCUUGUGCAGUUGCAGUUUGGUUAUAUUUCCAAAAGUAUAAGCAGCAUAAUGUUAAGACCAUAAUGACAGAUAUAAGAAAUUUAGAGUCUUUUAUAUGUAGAAUUCAAAGAAAAUUUAGAUUUUGGGAAAUCAAAACUGCUACUGAUGACUUUAGUGAUGCCUACCUUAUUGAAAAAGGCAGGUAUGGAAGCGUAUAUAGAGCAUCUUUGUCUUCAGGUCAAGUAUUUGCUGUUAAGAAGCUCAAUAUGGCAGACUUUCCCUUGACAAAUAGGCGUAGCUUUGAGUAUGAGAUAAGAACACUGACAGAGGUUAGGCACCGGAAUAUAAUCAAGUUAUACGGUUAUUGUUCUGCAAAGGGCUCUACAUACCUGGUCUAUGACUAUGCUGAAAGGGGAAGCUUGAGGAAAAUGUUGUACAGUGAAGAAACCACAGUGGAACUAGGGUGGGAAAGAAGAGUGAAUACUGUAAAAGGGUUAGCUCAUGCAGUCUCUUACUUGCACCAUGAUUGUACCCCACCCAUUAUUCAUCGUGACAUAGCCAUAAACAAUGUGUUGCUUGAUAAAGAAUUUGAGCCUCGGCUAUCAGAUUUUGGCACCGCAAAGCUUCUUAGCUCGGAUACGUCCAACUGGACCUCAGUAGCUGGUACUCAUGGAUAUAUGGCCCCAGAACUGGCUCUGACAAUGAGAGUGACGGAAAAGUGUGAUGUUUAUAGCUACGGAGUAGUGGCUUUAGAAGUUAUGAUGGGGAAACAUCCAGGAGAACUUCUAUUUGCGUUAUCAUAUUCCGUUCAGAAGCAUGAAUUGCUGUUGAAAGACAUUUUAGACCAACGUAUGCCACCACCUACACAUCAUAUAACAAAAGAAGUGGUGCCUGCGGUCAGAUUAGCUUUAUUAUGCACGAGUACAGAACCAGCCUUGAGGCCUACAAUGUCUUAUGUGGCUCAGAAACUAUCUGCUCGAACACACAAUCAGCUGUCAGUGCCCUUUGAAACCAUUACACUUGCUGAAUGUUGAAGAAAGUCCAUGUGCUGAUAUUAAAGAAACUUUGAGUUUAGGUUUUCAUAAUUGUAGUUAGAAUGUUAGAUGCAAUGGCAAAUUAAUUAUUUCCUACUGCGGUUUACUUGGACUCAAGUUGUAUCUUGUAUGCCAAUAACCUCAAGAAAAAUGGAGCAGAAGACAAUCCAAAAAGAGAGAUGUUAGAAAAUAAGUGUGAGUAUUGUGUCCCACAUCUGACGGUGAAAUAAAAAACUUCUAGUUUAUAGCCUAAGUGAGUUACUCCUCAUAUUGCCAAUUGGUUUUAUGACGAAAUCUUACUUGGGCUAUGUUAAUGGACGGAACCUUAGUUGCGGUUGACGC